AUGGUGAGGCUCAACGCCGACCUGAUAUGGAAGAGCCCGCACUUCUUCAACGCCAUCAAGGAGCGCGAGCUCGACCUCCGAGGCAACAAGAUCGCCAUCAUCGAGAACAUCGGCGCCACCGAGGACCAGUUUGACACGAUUGAUUUGUCGGACAACGAGAUUGUCAAGCUUGAGAACUUCCCUUUCAUGAAUCGCCUUGGCACUCUGUUAAUCAACAACAACAGAAUUACACGUAUCAAUCCCAACCUUGGUGAGUUUUUACCCAAGAUGCAUACUUUGGUGCUGACGAACAAUCGCCUCACAAGUCUUGCGGAGAUUGACCCCCUGGCCUCUCUUCCAAAGCUGCAAUUUCUCAGCUUACUGGAUAAUACCGUAACUAAGCAACCAGAUUACCGGUUAUAUGUGAUCCACAAGCUGAAGCAUCUGCGUCUCCUGGACUUCAAGAAAGUGAAACAACAGGAGAGAGCUGACGCAGCACAAAAGUUCCACUCAAAGGAGGCAGAGGAGGCGGCAAAGAAGGUUGCUGCCAAAGCUUAUACUCCAGUAGUGAUGGAUUCUCAAGGUACCACAAAAGAUCAGGGCCCUAAAGUAGUCGCUCCAACGCCUGCGCAGAUCACAGCUAUCAAGGCUGCUAUCGUGAACUCUCAGACACUUGAUGAAGUAACAAGGCUUGAGAAGGCGCUGAGCACUGGCCAAGUUCCUGCUGAGUUUGCGCUCCCCAAGCCUGAUACUAACAUGGCUGAGGCGUCAGAGGAAGCUGAAGCUGAGAAGAUGGAGACAGAUGGUCAGGACCAGGAGGAGGAUGGGGCUGAUGAGCAGAAACAAGCAGAUGAAAGCACCCCAAUUCAAGAGGAUUGA